CAUGGCGAUGUAUGUGGAAGUUGAUGUUUUAAAAAUGGAACCCUCGUUCCCACUUGUUUCACAAUUUUUGAUUACUUUCUUCUUUACCAGUGGUUUAUCGAGUCUGUGAAUUUUUCAUUCAACUCAGCAACAAUUCUGGUUUCUCAGGACUUGCUGUAGCCUGGAGUUUUCAAAGACUUAGCUCACCGCUGCUGACUUUGUAGUCUGGAAUUUGAAGCUGGGCUUCCAAAGAGCAAUGAAGUCUUCUGUUGCACAUGGAAGCAUUGACUAUCCCACCAGAGCGUGGAAAAAGUUGGUAUUUAGCUCUCAUGGCACCCAAUGUAAAGGGCCCACGGUAUGCCUGGCUUGAUCCAUCCAGACUGUACUGUAACCAACAGGCCUUUAAGGACUGCAUUGAAGACUUGCUUCAGCCUUUCCAGAAUGACACCAUUGACCUCAUAGCUGGGAUUGAUGCCAUGGGCUUCAUAUUAGGAGCAGCUAUAGCCAACCGUCUUGGAAAAGGUUUUUUAACAAUCCGGAAAGAGGGUCACAGCUGCAUAGAAACCAAGGGCAAAGCCUACUCCGACUACACAGGUCAACAGAAAGUGUUGGAAAUGCGCACUGAUGUGGUUAAAACAGGUUUACGAGUCCUGUUGGUGGACCAGUGGAUUGAGACUGGAGGCACGAUGGAGGCUGCAAUUGCACUCAUUGAAGAACAAGGUGGAACUAUUGCAGGUAUUGCUACAAUCUGUAUUGAGGAAACUGAACGAGGAAAGCGAAUUAAAGAGAAAUACAAAUGUUCAACCUGUGUCCCCGAUCAUCUGCAGCCUCAAUUUAAUAAUAAAUACCUGGAGACCUUCAAAGCCUUUGAGAGAAAAAAUUCCAGGUGUGCAAAAUAAAUCUGAGUGAAGCAUCA